GAAGAGGAAAGGCAGAGGAAUGUCAUCGGCCUGUCGGCCAGGGCAAAGUGCCUUGUCUUGCUGGAGUUGGUGGAAACUCUUGGGGACAAACCAGAGGAUGUUGCUGCAAAGCUCACAUCUGAGUGGUCAUCGGACACAAUCAAACGCUAUGUGUCUGUUGCCCGGAAGUUGAAGGGGCAGCCUGAUUUGCUGCAAGCAAUUGUCCAAGUCGAGUAUGAGCUUGGCCGGGAAUGUGCCCUUGAUGGCAUAACUGCCUUGCGCAGCCUCACAGGCCUGAACUUGGAUGAGGCCGAUGCGGUCUACGUCGUGAAGGUCCUGACGUAUGAGCAGCGCUGUGGGUUUCGACGAAAGGGCUCCAUAGUUCCUCUGAGACACUGCAAGGGGAACUUUGACAUCCCCAUUCGCUUGAAAUCUUUGCUGAUCCGGCGCGACGUGUACAAGCACUUGGCUGGGCUUUUCAAACAGUUCGAGGCCGACAUCAUGGCCUACAUGGACCCUGAUUGGUAUCAGGCUUUCAUUGGAAGUGAGCAAGAAGUUGAAGGAGCUGUAGGUGAACCAGAUGACAAUGACGACAACUGCAAAAUGGAAGUCUCGGCCUACACAUCCAAGAUCCCUUUGAUGAAGUUCUGUACGAAGCUGGCCAAGGGCCACUACGAGUUGUCGCUUUGCAAGGUGUCGAAAGAGUCCGUGCCGGGCAAGUCCUUGAAUUUGACAAAGGACGACUCAUUGCAGAAGCAGGUCGAGUCAUGCCGCGAGAAGUAUGUGACAGACUUCCCACCUACGCUUGCAGCAGCUGCCAACACACCGACUGUGCGGCACGAAUUCCUGGAGGUCACGACAACGAAUGAGAUCGUGAAUGAACCUGAUUACCUUGAGGAGUUGUCCAAAUACAACAUGAUGGCGACAAGUCACGAGACCCGAACCAUCCAGGAGUACAUUGAUGCAAGAGUUGAAUGGCUGGUCUGGACCAGCGACACUGAGCAGAAGCUGGAAAGACUGCCACUUUUGAAGGAAACUGGAUCACCCAAGGUCGUUCUCUAUGAGACUCAAAACGACGGGUUGCUCGACUAUGACGAGGUGAAGAAAAGACGAGUCAACAUCUUUACAGGUGUUGGCGUGGGUGCCUCCGCACAGAGGAUGACAGAGGUCUUGGACAUGUUUGCCAUGGUCCAAUCCACCAGCAGCCCUGAGAUGCGUGACAAGUCGUGCUUGGCUGUCAUGGUGAAAGUCGACAGCCUAAAGAGCAAGUCAGCUUUGGAUGUUGUGCGAGCAAAGCUACCCCGAAAGACAUCGACAGCUGUCAUCACGCUCGACCCUGAACAGACAGACCUCUUAGCACGCAUCAGACGCGGAAAGAGGGCUUUUGGAGCGCAUGUGGAGGACCGAUUGGUCUUGGCAAGCCCGAAAGGGUUUUCAACAGCAGCCAGCACAAUGAAGUUUCUGAAGGCCACGGACACCUUCUUCAACAGAUGGCCAGAAAUUGGGCAGGAAGGGGAGGCGCUUGCAUCCAUCAAAGACGAUGAAUGCGUACCAUUUCCUCAUGAAGCGCACCAAGUUUUGUCCCAAGAGCUGCUGCACAUUUUUGGUGCCAACGUCUUGGUGGCGAUUGGCGUUGGGUCUGGGCUUUCCAUUCUUGGCGGCCUUCUUGCUGGAGCUCGGGUGGUGGCAGUGUGUGCCUCAAAGAGUCACCAGAAAUUUGUGAUGGCCAACCUGGCAACAUGGCUCAAGGAGAAGCGGGUGGUGCCUGGAACCGCUUUGGCAAAGCCCCAGCAAUUGGUGCAGUAUGAAGCAAAGCGUGGACGAGCCAUCACGCCCAGGCCGCAAACUCCUGCGCCAGUUCCCAAGUCCAGCCCACCGACGCCCCAGCCCAAUGCGAGCCCUGGCGCUGCAACUACUCCGCCAGUGAGCAAUGGCGGUACCCCCACUCACAGCAAUGGCUCCGGCUCCAACGGCGGUGCUGCCAAUGGAGGCCCAGGGCGCAACUUGCUGGCAUCUUUCGGAAAUGUGGCCAUGUGA